AUUUCCUUCCCCGUGUCCAACUCGUCGAGGCUUCUUGCUUCAAUAUCAAUUUUUAUUACGACAUUUCCUCCUUUUGUUCUCUCUCUCAUACUCCAUGUGAAGCAUGUUUUGAACAGUAAAAAUCGUACUAUUUCCUUUCCUCCUCUCUGUCAGACCUCUCCAGUGUGUUCCCAGAUCUGCAUAACGUUUAAACAUUUCCAUUGCAGAUUUUGCACAAGAUUUUAACAUUGCCUUCGCCACUUUUCCUAGAUACCCAUCAUUACAAAUUACAAUGUUGGGUAAAGGGUCAUUGCUAUUUUCUCUUGUAACUGCUUUCUUCAUUUUCUCUUCCUUUCUCUUCUCCCUCACCCUUGCAAGAUCUGAUUCUCAUUUUCCUUCCUUCCAAACUCCACCCCUUUCAGAUGACGGAAUUAGGAAUGAGUAUGAUGUGGUGGUGACCAAAAGGUUUCUUGCUGAAAUUCCUGAGGCCCCAUUGAACUCGUCACUUAUUUUGGCUGCUAAGAGAACGUAUAGAAAAGAUCCUCUCAAUGGUUUCAAGAGAUAUACUGGGGGCUGGAAUAUCAGUGAGCGCCAUUACUGGGCUUCUGUGGCUUUCACUGCAGCUCCAUUCUUUGUCGUUGCGCUGGUCUGGUUUGUGAUCUUCGCACUGUGCUUAUUGUUCAUCUGUGUCUGCUACUGUUGCUGUAGAAGAGAACCUUAUGGCUACUCCCGAAUAGCUUAUGCUCUCUCCCUCAUACUCCUCAUACUUUUCACCAUAGCUGCAGUUGUUGGAUGUAUCAUUUUGUACAUUGGCCAGGGAAAGUUUCACAGCAGUACAGUUAACACAUUGGAUUAUGUGGUCCAUCAGGCAAAUACCACAGCGGAUAGGCUCAGAAACGUCUCAGGUUAUCUAGCAGCAGCCAAAUUUAUUGCUGUGGAUCAAGUUUUGCUUCCUGGUUCAGUCCAAACAGACAUAGACCGCAUCCAAACCAAGAUUAAUUCUUCUGCUAAUACUCUCUCCAGUAAAACAGAAGACAAUAAGGAUGACAUAGCAGGCUUGGUAGAGUCCGUGCGAUUGGCUCUAAUCGUUCUAUCAGCCAUUAUGCUUCUAUUGACAUUUCUUGGAUUUGUACUUUCAAUUUUCGGGAUGCAGGUUUUCGUUUACAUCUUGGUAAUUUUUGGAUGGAUUCUUGUCACUGGGACUUUAAUUUUGUGUGGCAUAUUUCUUGUUCUCCACAAUGUGACUUCAGACACUUGUGUAGCAAUGAACCAGUGGGUCCAACACCCUCUUGCUAGUACAGCUUUAGAUGAUAUAUUGCCGUGUGUGGACAAUGCCACUGCACAAGAGACCCUUACCAAAAGCAAAGAAGUCACUUCUCAGCUGGUCGGUGUUGUUAACCGGGUCAUUACAAAUGUGUCCAACAACAAUUUUCCCCCCAACUUUGGUCCUUUGUACUACAAUCAAUCUGGACCUAAGCUGCCAACCCUUUGCAAUCCGUUUAACACAGACUUGACUGAUAGAUCCUGUAGUCCUGGUGAAGUGGACUUGAGCAAUGCGACAAAGGUAUGGAAGACUUCUGUCUGUCAAGUUUCCCCUAGUGGCAUUUGUUCCACAACAGGCCGUCUGACUCCGACCAUCUACGGCCAGAUGGCAGCUGCUGUAAAUGUGAGCUUUGGAUUGUACCAUUAUGGUCCUUUCCUGGUUGACCUAGAAGAUUGUGAUUUUGUUAGACAAACAUUUGGAGAAAUAUAUAGAAUAUACUGUCCCGGACUUCAGCAUUACAGCAGAUGGGUUUACAUUGGCUUGGUGAUGGUUGGUGUAGCAGUACUGCUUUCCCUCACAUUCUGGGUCAUAUAUGGGAGAGAGAGGCGGCACCGUGUCUAUACAAAAGAACACAUGCCCAAGCCGAUUUACGAAUAGUCUGCUUUGCUUUUUUUAAUGCUAGUUAGAGGUGUAUUGUUGUGGAUCAAAUUUUCUGUAUAUACUGAUUAGUAAUGGCUGUACUAGAGCUUAUGGUUAUAUUGUGUUACUAGGUUCAUUCCUUGGGGUUGAACUGCAAUUGUGUACUGUUCAGAUGAUAGGAAUUCUAUCUUGAUGUUAUUAUGCCAUAUAUGGGAAUGGUAGAUGUGUAAAAGCUUA